AUGCCGCGAAAGACGGUCUACCUUCCUGCGAAGGACUAUGAACUUCCCAACAUCGACUUGCUGACGUUGGUCUACGAGUCUCCAGAGGCGUGGAGCAAUGACUCGACAAUCGCACAUGCCGAAGCCGCCUUGCCGUCCAACUUUGUCACCAAAGCCCAGGCGCGGGACUACACUAAGAGGAUUGCCCAUCACUUCAGGCACUCGUACGGCAUCGGCGCCGAUGGGCCGGGCAAAGACGUGGUCGUUUCCAUCUCGUCCGGCCAGAUUCUCCUGUCCAGCAUUUUCUACGGUGUCAUUGCAGCAGGAGGCGUCUACUCGGCGGCCAGCUCGAGCUUCACCUACCUCGAAUUGGCGAGGCAGAUCAAGCAGGGUCGAAGUCGAUUGAUCGUUGCCAGUCCGGACUGUACGGAUGUUGCGGUCAAGGCGGCACACGAGUGCGGUAUCCCGCUGGACCGAGUUCUGGUGCUGGACAGCAUGGGCGGCAACAGGAGGUUGGCGAGUGUCCUCGGCAACGGAAGGAACCUGAUCGAAGGCGAGGGCCAGCCCAAAGAAAGGUUGGACUGGGAGGUGAUCACGGCCAAGGAGGUGUUGGAAAACCGAGUCAUCUGCCUCCUGUACAGCAGCGGCACGACCGGCGCGCCCAAAGGUGUGUUUCUGUCGCACCAGAAUCUCGUGUCCGAGGGUCUCAUCCCGCAAUACCUGGUGCGCGAGUUCCUUGACCGCCAACGCCGCCGGGACGCCUCGUACGAGUUCGAAUACCGAACCCUUGGCCACCUGCCCGCCGCACAUAUUGCCGGGUGUCAGGGAUAUCUGGUGAACCCAGCGCUCGCGGGCGGGACGGUGUAUUGGAUGGCGAAGUUCGACUUUGCCAAGUUCCUCGAGUACAACCGAACGUUCCGGAUCACCACCUUCUUCACCGUCCCGCCCAUCUACCUGCUGAUCGCGAAGAGCCCGCUGGUGAAGGACCAGUUCCGCACCUUGGUGCACGCCAUCUCGGGCGCGGCGCCCAUGGGCGCCGAACUGAUGGCGCUCGCCGAACGGAAGCUGGGCUGCAGCAUCAGCCAGACGUGGGGUCUGAGCGAAACUACGGGCAGCGUGACGGCGAUGCCGUGGGACCGCCAUGACAAGACCGGGUCGGUGUCGCCGCUGCUGCCGAACACGCGGAUGCGUAUCGUCGACGACGACGAGCUCGAUGUCGACGAAGGCUGCGAGGGCGAGUUCGUCAUGCAGGGCCCCAUGGUAGCAAAGGGCUAUUGGGACAACCAGCAGGCCACUCGUGACAGUUUCACCCGCGACGGCCUGUGGUUCAAGACCGGCGAUGUCGGUGUGGUUCGGGACGGCAUGUUCUACGUCGUUGAUCGGAAGAAGGAACUCAUCAAAUACAAAGGCAUGCAAGUGGCGCCCGCCGAGCUCGAGGCCACCCUGCUUUCGCACGACCUGAUUCUCGACGCCGCCGUCAUCGGCGUGCCCGAUCCUUCUGGCUCCGGCAACGAGCUGCCCCGUGCCUACAUCGUGGCCGACCACUCCAAGAUCUCCGCCGACCGAAUCAAAGACUACGUCAAGCAGAAUCUCGCCCCGCACAAGCAGCUCCGUGGCGGCGUCGUCUUCCUCCCCGCCAUUCCCAAGUCUCCGGCCGGCAAGAUUCUGAGGAAGGACUUGAGGGAGCUGGCCAAGAGAGAGAGCAACGCGCAGCAGGGCUCAAAGCUGUGA